AUGACAUAUCAUCAGAAGUCAAAAAAUGAAAGAAAAAAGAAUUCUAAAAAAGGAGUAAAAAAGGUAACACCAAGUAACAAGUUUCAACAAAUCAACGGCCAUGUUCCAGAUGAAAUUGAGAAUGCUUAUGCAAACCUAGGCACUCCAAAGACAAAGUUUAAGAAUAUAAUUCGCCAAAAGGGUAAAAAGCAAACAUCUGGACCACCACAAGCCCAUGACAUCCGUAAAUUCUUAAAAGAUAAUAAUCGUAAAUCAACAACUCGAUAUCAUGAAACUCGUCAAAUUCCCUCAUCUCCAACCGACUCUCAACAAUCUCAAUCUCAACCUGAUGAAUACUCGAUAGCUGUAAAAGAUAAAAGUAAUGAAAUUACAUUGUUAACGAAGGAAUAUCAGCAACUUACCAGCGCAGAUUCAUUUGAUUUGUCACUAAUAUUUAAAAAGACGAACGAUUUAAUUCAAGCCAUGAACGAUCGCCACAAUCUCCUAAUUCGUCAGCUCUCGGCAAGUCAAAGCAAGCAUACCGACUUUGUAGCAUCAGAAAUUAAUGCUCUGAGAUGCGAAAUUGAUCAAGUUAAGUCUAGUCAUCAAGAGGAAAUCGAAACUCUUCAAAUAAUAGACUCAUCUCGAAGUGACCUAAAAAAGUUCUGGAUAAGAUUUAAAUUUAGAGGGGAAGCUCAAGACAUCCGAGGAAGAGGAAAUUAUCCAACUGAAAUAAAAAAAAUUCUUGAUAAAAUGGGAAUUAAGUUCAAUCUAGGGAUACUUCCCUUGGAAUCAGCAUUUUUCCAGGACAGGAAGUUUGGUGGCAGCUCGAUCCCAGAAAUUGCUCUGUGCUGUAACUUUGUUAACUCCACAAUAGCACGACGAGUAAAGAUUGACAUAGCAAACUUCAAUAAAGGCUUAGAAGAAAAAGGUCAGUCAGACUUAGUUCGUUACUUUACAACAGUUAGCUGGUCCGAAAAUGUAUGGAAGAUCCUUAGAAUUUGUUUUGAAAUCAAGGGGAAUGGCUUGCUCAAUAGCGCUUUUGUGACUAAUGAAGGUAUUAAGGUCCAAUAUGAGACUGAUUUAGCGCCUGAAGAUCCGAAUGACACUGUCGUUGAUCCCCCCAAAGUUGUCACCACUAAAAUUAACAGCAUGUCUGCACUAGACGAACUACGCAAAUCUAUUAACGACUUUAAUUACCAAUUGCCAGCAGUUCAGGUGUAUAAUUCUGAAUACUUCAACCUGUCAACAGAACAAAGAAAAGAGUUUCGCAUGAAUUAUCAGCAGGAAAUACUCGAGGACGAUAAUCAAAUGCUGAUGGAAACUCAGGAUAAUAACUGA